AUGAGGGAAAUCGUUCACAUCCAAGCUGGCCAAUGUGGUAACCAAAUUGGUGCCAAAUUUUGGGAAGUUAUAUCCGAUGAACAUGGCAUUGAUCCGUCUGGAAGCUACGCCGGAGAUAGCGACUUGCAAUUGGAAAGGAUAGAUGUGUUUUACAAUGAAGCAAAUGGCGGUCGUUAUGUUCCAAGAGCAGUACUUGUGGAUUUGGAACCAGGUACCAUGGAUUCCGUACGCUCAGGUCCAUUCGGUCAACUCUUCCGUCCAGACAACUUUGUUUUUGGCCAGUCUGGUGCGGGUAACAACUGGGCAAAGGGUCACUACACAGAAGGUGCUGAGUUGAUCGACUCCGUUUUGGAUGUUGUACGCAAGGAGGCUGAAGGUUGCGAUUGCCUACAAGGUUUCCAGAUCACACACUCCUUGGGUGGUGGUACUGGAAGUGGUAUGGGUACCCUUUUGAUUAGCAAGAUUCGUGAGGAAUACCCUGAUCGUAUUAUGGAAACAUUCUCUGUAUUCCCAUCUCCAAAGGUUUCCGAUACUGUUGUUGAGCCUUAUAAUGCCACAUUAUCCGUCCACCAGUUGGUUGAAAAUGCAGAUGAAGUCCAGGUUAUCGACAAUGAGGCCUUGUAUGAUAUUUGCUUCAGAACUCUAAAGCUGACUACACCUACAUAUGGCGAUUUGAACCAUCUCGUUUCUGCCGCCAUGUCUGGUGUUACAUGCUCAUUGCGCUUCCCUGGUCAACUCAACAGUGAUUUACGUAAACUUGCUGUAAAUCUUAUCCCCUUCCCAAGGUUGCACUUCUUUAUGAUUGGGUUUGCUCCUCUAACCAGCAGGGGAAGUCAGCAAUACAGAGCACUCACAGUGGCCGAACUCACUCAGCAAAUGUUUGAUGCCAAGAACAUGAUGUGUGCUUCUGAUCCCAGGAGGGGACGUUAUCUCACUGCUUGUGCCAUGUUCAGAGGAAAGAUGAGCACAAAGGAGGUUGAUGAGCAGAUGAGCAGCGUCCAGAACAAGAACUCUUCAUACUUUGUGGAAUGGAUUCCACACAACACAAAGUCCAGCGUAUGUGAUAUUCCUCCAAAGGGCCUCAAAAUGUCAGUUACCUUCGUUGGCAACUCUACAGCUAUUCAAGACAUGUUUAAGAGGGUGUCGGAUCAAUUUACCGCCAUGUUUAGGCGCAAGGCGUUCUUGCAUUGGUACACUGGUGAGGGUAUGGACGAAAUGGAGUUCACUGAGGCAGAAUCCAACAUGAACGAUUUGGUUUCUGAGUAUCAGCAGUACCAAGAGGCCACUAUUGAUGAUGAUGAAGAAGGCUACGACGAGUGA